GCGGGGCCGGCUGGGCUGCUCGCAUCACUUGGCGCCCGGCGGGGCGAGCGCAGCCCGCGGCCCCGCGCGGCCCUCCCCACAAAGGGCCGCGGAGCUGCGUGGCCGCCGCCGCCGGCCGCGGCUCGCCUCCGCGGGCGCGGAAAUUUGUUGCACUUCUUGGGGCUUUGUUUGUUUGUUUUUCCUCUGAUUAUUUUUUUCCUUAUUUUGGACAAAAUGUCGGUCCGUGAUAUAAAAAUUGAGCGAGGAACCUUGAUGGCAUUGGGAGCUUUACAGAAGUUUCCUAAGAAAUAACUUCACCAAGAUGUCCAGUGAUAGGCAAAGGUCCGAUGAUGAGAGCCCCAGCACCAGCAGCGGCAGUUCAGAUGCGGACCAGCGGGACCCAGCCGCGCCAGAGCCCGAGGAGCAAGAAGAAAGAAAACCUUCCGCCACCCAGCAGAAGAAAAACACCAAACUCUCUAGCAAAACCACCGCUAAGUUAUCCACUAGUGCUAAAAGAAUUCAGAAGGAGCUAGCUGAAAUAACCCUUGAUCCUCCUCCUAACUGCAGUGCUGGGCCUAAAGGAGAUAACAUUUAUGAGUGGAGAUCAACUAUACUUGGUCCACCUGGUUCUGUAUAUGAAGGUGGUGUAUUUUUUCUGGAUAUCACAUUUUCAUCCGAUUAUCCAUUUAAACCACCAAAGGUUACUUUCCGCACCAGAAUCUAUCACUGCAACAUCAACAGUCAGGGAGUCAUCUGUCUGGAUAUCCUUAAAGACAACUGGAGUCCUGCUUUGACUAUUUCAAAGGUUUUGCUGUCAAUUUGUUCUCUUUUGACAGACUGCAACCCUGCGGAUCCUCUGGUUGGAAGCAUAGCCACUCAGUAUUUGACCAACAGAGCAGAACAUGACAGGAUAGCCAGACAGUGGACCAAGAGAUACGCAACAUAAUUCACAUAAUUUGUAUGCGGUGUGAAGGCGCAGAAGGCAUCUUCUCACUGUGCUGCAAAUCUUUAUAGCCUUUACGAUACGGACUUCUGUGUAUAUGUUAUACUGAUUCUACUCUCUGCUUUUAUCCUUUGGAGACUGGGAGACUCCCAAAAAAGGUAAAUGUUAUCAAGAGUAGAACUUUGUAGCUGUAGAUUAGUUAUGUUUAAAACGCCUACUUGCAAGUCUUGCUUCUUUGGGAUAUCAAAAUGUAUUUUGUGAUGUACUAAGGAUACUGGUCCUGAAGUCUACCAAAUAUUAUAGUGCAUUUUAGCCUAAUUCAUUAUCUGUAUGAAGUUAUAAAAGUAGCCGUAGAUAACUAGGAAUUAUGUCAUUUGUAUUAAACCCAGAUCUAUUUCUGAAUAUGUGGUUCAUGCUGUUGUGAAAAAUGUUUUACCUUUUACCUUUGUCAGUUUGUAAUGAGAGGAUUUCCUUUUACCCUUUGUAGCUCAGAGAGCACCUGAUGUAUCAUCUCAAACACAAUAAACAUGCUCCUGAAGG